AUGUCCGAAGCCAAUCCUCGACCACAAGCCAUGCCUCCAGGCUCACAAGCCAUGCCUCCAGGCUCACAGCCAAUUCGUGUAAUUGUCCGCAUACCCUAUAAUCGCCCCGAAGAGCCGCUUCCUCAACCACCACUGGUGGACUGGAACCCUGAGAAGGAGCAUAUUCUAUGGGAGGUUAUCGCCAAGUCUCGCGCGAUAGAGGGCGCAGCCACUGAUUGGAAGGGCCUUGCUUCGCACCUCGAGGUUCCUUUACCGUAUCUCCUCCACCGUGCACAAACUCGGUAUGAGGAGGAUCUCCGCGGCCUUCAAGGCAUUCGUGGUACCCUAAGCCCUGCUAUACCUUCUGUUUCAUCUAACGCCCCGAAUGAGUAUUUUCCGCGCCUGUUGGAGCUCCCUCGUCUGUCGACAUCUACCGCAGCACAUCGCCCUCUCGGUGUUCGUGCGCGCCUAAGUUCAUUGGGGCACAAUCAGCGUCUUAGUCCCGUUACUGCGCACCGACCAGCGAAGAAGGUAUCUUCUUCUUCGACCCUCACACUUCAAGGCCCGCGCAAGGGACGCACUCCACCACGGCCGCUCUCGCCUGCACCGUCUGACGCAGGUUCCUCAGACGCUGACUAUGGCGAAGACGAAGACGAAGACGAGGAGGAUGAACAGGCACGGAAGGAGGAGGAAGAAACACGCCGUGCCGAGGCUCAGACCGCGCUCGAGGAGAAAUUGCGUAACCUGGAGCGCGCUCUGACGAAGGACAAACUUGGGCUGGUCUCCUCCCCAGUCGCUAUGUCCGCCUCUAUGAACUCAGUGAACAGGGACCGCGGACGCACGCAGCCCCUCUCUGCCUCCGUUUCUGGCUCAGUGUCGUUCUCCAACGCACGCCCCAGUUCUGCGCGGAGCCAUCAGAGUCUGUCUAGCGCUAGCUCUAUGCAUGGUUCCAUUCCUUCCAUCUCAUCCCCACUCGCACACACACCAGCGCAUCAGCAGUCGCAUGCGCAGCAACCCUCGCACAUCGCCCGGGCACUUAGUCCCCAGAACAAAUCGACGAGCCCGCCCGCCCUCUCUCCGACGCAUGCCCGUGUCCUGCGCCGCGGUAACGGAAAUGGGGGUGAAAGGCUCAGUGAGCAGGGCAGUGAAACGUCAAGUUUCAGCGACCUCAGUGAUGCCAGUCUGUCGGCUUCUGCUUUAGAGAGCGCGCUGAUGUCAAAUAUUCGUGGAGGAGGAUCGCAUUUCUCGUCGUUUGCACGUAGUAAUAUAACGGGCAGGCGAGGCGGUGUGCGAUGA